GACAUUGAAAUGAUUGGUGUCAUCUGCUGAGUAAGAUGCAGAUUAAUUUAUUCUAGUUCAGAAGUUAGGACUUAUUGGUUGCACACUUGCAGAACCACUCGUUUGUUGCAUUUUAAACUGACGGAAAUUAGACAAAGAGGACAACCACCUCCAAGGGAACUGAUAGCAGUGCAUUUCCUUACUAAUUGCCAUUUGGACCUGUUGAAGGUGUGGCAAACUUGAGAUGUCUACAAAAAGCUGGAGAGAAGCAGCAAGUAUUAUGAUAGCUGCACGAACUUCAUUCCAGCAAAUCCCUAAAUCCACUGCCAACUACAAGAUCCUUAUGCUAAAAAGGGGUAAGACCAGUCCUUUCAUGCCAGGAAGUUAUGUGUUUCCUGGUGGAGUAGCAGAGUCUUCAGAUGGUUCUAAGGAGUGGUUGCAGUUGUAUAAAGACAAUGGAUACACCAUCACAGAAGAAAACGCAGGAGGUAGAACACAAAACAUGAACAUUUCACAAUAUAUCCCAGAGAUUCUGCCACUAAAGAUUGCAGCUAUCAGAGAAACAUUUGAAGAAGCAGGAAUUCUUUUGUGCAAAAAUAAGCAUGUCCAUUUUCAGUCUCCAGUGCCAUACUGGGCUUCAUAUAUUUCAAGCUAUGAAACAGAAACCUGGCAGAAUAAGGUGAAAAAAGAUCCAAGUCAGUUUUUGGACCUGUGUAAACAUUUUGAAUGUGUUCCAGAUAUUUGGGCACUUCAUCUGUGGAGCAACUGGCUCACACCAACACACAAUACACGAAGAUUUAAUACAACCUUUUUCUUAACAGUCUUAGACCAGAUGCCUCCAGCAAUAUGUGAUAAAACUGAAAUGGACGAAAUGCAGUGGUCAUCUGUGAGUGAGUUGCUGUCUAUGAGCAACAUCUGCAAAAUAUGGUUGCCACCCCCUCAGGUUUAUGAACUAGCUAGACUAUACAAUUUUAAUGAUGUGGAAACUUUAGUUAAUUUUGCACACGAAAGAGUCAAAUCUGGAUGUCCUUUCUGGAUGCCUGUGCACAUGAAAACAACAGAUGGACUACUCUUCAUACUUCCAGGUGAUGAUCUAUACCCAGAAAAGCCAGAUAUAUUUCAGGUUGGUACAAAACUUUCUGAGGUACAAAAGACAGCAGAAGAAAUGCGGACUGGAUGUGAUAAUCUGCACCGUAUUGAAUACAUUGAAAAUGCUAAAACUAACAUUGUUCUUCGAAACAUACUUCCUAGUUAUGGACACAAAUUGCCACUGCUCUUAUUUGACAGGAACAACCUGUGAUUGGAAAAGAAGGGACUAUACAAUAUUUGAAACGGACAAAAACAACACCUAUAAAUGAAACAUACAGAUGCUACAAGACAAAACUGCCUGUGACAGUGGUAUCCUGUUUUAAAAGGCAUUAAUAAUGGAUAAUUUUUUGAUUCCAGCUGACUGCAAUUCAUUCAUGUGAUAUGCUUUUUAUCUUCCAUAAAUUGACAAUUUAACAAAGGAUGAAGUGGAAUAUCAAGAGUUUAGCAUUGUGUCAACAAGGAUUUAGAGACAAGAUGAUUCCACAAAGUAGAUAACGUGUCACUGUUAUUUAUAACGUACUGUUUUUGUAAUGAAAUUUUUUAAAUCAGAUAUGGAUUCUAAAGUUUUAA